AUGAAAAAAAAUAGGAGAUCAUUCUGUAAACGAUUUUUGCAAGCUAAAGUUGAGAAAAUUACUGCUCCUUGAAAAGUUAGGUUUUGGACAUCAGCUGAAUUCCUGGAAGAGUAGAAGGCGAGAAUACGACAUGGCACAGUCGGCAGGAAAGUAUGUACGUGCUCCGAGCAUGGAGGAAGAAGAAAUUUCAUCGGCAGAGUUGUUGAAUCAGCUGGCAGUAGAGCGUUCAAUGAGAGCGUCUCUGGCAAGUGAACUGGAACAGUCUCGUAAGGAAAUCGAAGAAUUACGAGCUAGUCGUUCAGGGAGAGAUACAUCAAGUUGUCCAGAUAACCACAAUAUGGAUUUUGAACUCCGAGCAGGAUGCAGCAGCACUCGGCACAUGGGGUUUUCGGCCAAUACAAACCACAGUUUUGAGGAAUCUCGAUUUUUGUGCUCCAUGAACCAGUUAUCAGUGGCAUCGAUCAAUCUCCCGGAGUGCAGAGCAACUGACGGCGAACAAAUACAUCGGCAAACUUUCGAGCAGUGGAAAGAUUUGCUGGUCGAUUCACUGAAACUGGCGGGCAUUGAAGACGAAACUACGAUGUACACGGUUUUCAAGGUCAAGGCCGGACCUCGUUUGUUGGAAAUUUUUAGGAAUACAAGUUCUGAUGUUGGCGCACCGAAUCCGGAUUCUGAACCAUUCUCUAAUGCAUUGCAUCGCCUGAAGUCGUACUUUGGCUCUGGGUCGGAUAUCAUGCUUUUGAGGCGCCGACUGGCGCUGAUGGUGCAGAAACAUGAUGAAUCUGACUUGAACUUCAUCGCAAGAGUUGGAUCAACAGCACGCUUAUGUCAAUUCGAAGAAGAUAAGGAGUUCGAAGAAGUAGUUGCCACAGUUGCCGAACACGCCAGGAGUCGAGAAGUAAGGACAACUGCUUUAAAAAUGCUCAGCCGUAAGGGUAGUUUUACUGAAUUGGUCGAUAAGGUACGUGAACUAGAGGCAAUACAACUGAACGAAGAGUAUGUAAUGCAAAAACACGGAAAACGUUCUGAUCAACCAGCUUUGAUUGCUCCAGUGAGAUCCUGGGAGUCAAAUCGCUCUACUCGCGGAAACAAGACAAAUCGUGGAUAUCCGUCUCGGCGAGGCGGUUGGUAUACUCCUAGAGGCAGACAGGCUUCGUCAGGCGUUCAGAAUCAACCACAGGGUAGAGAAAGGUGUUGGCGUUGCUUCAGCGUUUACCAUUCGGCGAACAUUUGCACAGCGAAAGAUAAAGUAUGCAACAGGUGUGGAUCUAUUGGUCACAUCCGGCGGGCAUGUGUGUUCGGAGGACCUAAACGCACGGCUCAAGAAAUGGAAACGACUCCAGCCAAGAUUGCGGCAGUUGAGAAAGUUGAGGAGGUCAAGGUCGAUGAAGGCAUGGAAACGAAUCACAAUCAGGAGUUGGUUUGGACCAGUCCUCAUCUCCAACACGCGACUAGGUUUGAUGUGGUUCAAUCAGAUCAGGUAUCAGUCUCAUCCGAUCUGCCAGAGACAGGCGAGUCGCUUCUUGCUGGGUCAUCUGAAUUCAAUAUCGUGAAAUCUGAAACGACUUGUAAUGAGUUUAAUGCUAAAAGUAUUAGAUUUGUAAGUAUUGGUAAUUUUGGAGUUACGUAAUUGGUUAUGACUAGAUACUUAUAACUUUUGC